AUGGAAAAAAAUAAUAUAGAGUAGUUUGGGAUCUACUGUUAAGACGACCAGCAUUUUCAUAAAGGACAGAAAAUAAAGUACCUGAUGGUUAAAGAAGAAAAGGGUUCAAUUACUAAGAGGUUAUUUUGCGAUGAAUGCUUCUUAGGAAAAUACAGUGGCCAGCAAUAAUAUUGUUGCGAUUUGACAGAAUUGAUCAAUGGUAAUAUAUAUGAAGCCUUCAAAUACACACUCUUUGAUAGUGAUUAUAAAAAAGAAAAUCAUCAACCCUAUCUGGAUGAGGAAUUCAUAAAAAAUAUGAUUGGUUCACUUAAAGAGGAAUUUUUAUCAAUUCUUGAUGAUCUUGAAAUAAAACUUUUAGAUAAUUGCGCUAUAUAUAAGGAAGAAAUAAGAAGGUGGGCUUAAAAUGAUAGAAUUACUGAUUACUUUGAUUGUCAAGAUUUGAGGGAGAAGAUACUAGAUAAAGAUUUUGAAAGAAGUCCAAAAAAAUUUGAUGAAUUAAAUAAAUUAGCUGAAUAGUAUUUAAAAAUUGAGAUAGAUAAAAUUAUUGGCAAUUAGAAAAAAUUUUUUAACUUGGAUAGAUUCAAUCUUUGUUUUAAAGAAACAAUACAACAAUUAAUAAAUAUGCAAUAAAGUACUUUUUCAGAUUAUAAAUUUUCUUAAUCUAUUUUAGCCACACCAUAUAUCGAAAAGGUCAUAGAAAAAAUAUAUUAAGGAACUGCAGAAGAUUUUAUUAAAAAUUUAAACUUAAUUUAUAGGAAGAGUUAGUAGGGAUCAAAUUUUCAGAAUUUAUAAAAAAUUCCUCAGUUAUCAAACACAGAUACUAUUACUAUAAUUUAAACAAAAAACAAAUGCAUUUUUGGUGUCUAUAAUUGUAAUUCUUAGCCUUAAAAGUCAAUUCUAUUUUAAAUGAACAAAGAGAAAUUUUUUUUAUAUAAAGGCAGUAACAAAGCUCUAACAUUAAACGAAAGGGCAGAUAAAUCAAAUUGGAUUUUAAAGUUUGGAGAUGAUGAUGUUGUUAUUUAAUCUACAUUUUCUAGCUGUACAUCAAAUUUAGGGAAAGGCUUUGAUAUAGAUGGAAACCAAACAAUUGAUAAGGAAGAAUAUUUAUCAGAUAGUAAAUUAUUUGAUAUUUAUGAUAUGGAAAUUUUUGAAGUAGGAAAAGUAUAAAAGAAUGAAAAAUCUAUUUCUUAAAUACCCCCAAAUCCAAACCAAAAUAUAAUUCCUAACAAUAUAAGUUUAAGCAUUCAAAGUCAUAACAUUAAUAGUUCAAUCAAUAAAAAUCCUCAGUUUCCACCUCCUAACCAAAUCCCUCCUUAAGCUAAUGACAACAUACGAAAUACUAUUCAACAUAAUAACCAAAGCUUUUAUCAAAAUACAAAUCCUGUUCGUUAAACUGAUACAAAUCCAAAUAGUAACAGUUUUAAUCCAAUAAUUAAAAAAUGA